GCCAGUGGUCCGACUGGAGUUCCUGGGGUCUCUGCAUCCCACCCUGCGAGAAGAAUUCCAUGAAGUCUCGGAAGCGCGUUUGCCAACCCACGUACCCCAAAUUUUCGAUGGAGACCCAAGGAGUGGGGACCACCGUGUCGGUAAACGUCAGCUUCUGGGGCAAACCCUGGCCCCAGUGCCAGCCCAUCAACGGGAAGGCCCUGGAGGUGGAGGAGAAGGAGCCAUGUCUCAAUAUGCCACCCUGCCCGGAGGAGGAGGAAUAUGAUCAGCCCCUGUUAUCGUCAGCCCGCCUGGACAGCUCAGACCUCCAGCCCACCGCAGAGUAUCCUGAUGAAGUUUGAGGUGGAUCUGGCAGGAGCCAGGCGAAGGUGCUUCCCCAGAAGACCCAUCCCCCCACCCCCCUUCUCCGGGGGGGGGGGGAGUCAGGAUCCCCACGCCAGCAGCUCUUCCCCUCCUUCCAGGGGCUCCCUAUGGAAACGCCCCAGCAGCCCCCCUUUGCAUCCAUCACAAUAAAGAGAGAGAAUGGGCCCCG